AUGGCCACCACCACCCUCCCCUCAUCGGUUCCUGACACCCACCCGGCCAUAGUCAUCACCGCUCCCCGCCAACCGCUUCAACUUCUUUCACGUCCUACCGUCCCUCCCAAGGAUGGCGAAGCCCUCGUCCACGUAACCUGGACGUCCUCCAGCCCUCUGGACCUGCACCGCGCCGACGGCGGCUUGGCGCUUGGCACGCCGCCCUUCGUCAUGGGCAUCAGCUUCGGCGGAACCGUCGUUGCUCUCGGAGGCAGCAAGCCCACGCACCUGAGCGUGGGGGACAAGGUGGUGGGCUUCGUGCAGGACGGCGCGCCCGACGAGGCCGGCUUCCAGACCUACAUCACGCUGCCAAUCUGGAAGGUGAGCAAGGUGCCUGCCAGCAUGACGCUGCCUGAGGCGGUGACGGUGCCUGCGAAUCUCGUCACGGCAUUCCACACCAUCACGGAAGACCUGGGCCUGGAUCUGCCGUGGCCGUUGCCCCAGGGGUGGACGCCGCCGCAGGCCCAGGAGCGGAUCUUGGUGUGGGGCGCGGCGAGCAGCGUCGGCAUGUAUGUGCUGCAGGUUUUGCGGCAUUGGGGGUACCGGAACGUGCUGGCCGUGGCAAGCGGGAAGCAUCACGAACUCCUGAAGGGGCUGGGAGCGAAGGAGUGCUUCGACUAUCGGAACGGGAACGUGGUGGAGGAGAUAGCGCGGUACCUUGCCGAUGCCGAGGGCAGCGCAUCAUCGGCCGGGCGGCCGAGGGUGCCCUUUUUCGUGGACUGUAUCGGGUCCAGGGAAGGAACGCUGCGGCCGCUGAGCAAGAUCGCGGAGCCCGGAAGCAAGGUUGCCAUCAUGUUGCCGGUGAUCAACGUCCACGCGGGCGAUGAGCAGGUGCCCGAGUACGAGGGGGACGUGAGCAAGGUUCUGCCUGGUGACUGGGCGGAAGGGGUCGAGCUGAGGGGGACCAGGACAUUCUUUUACGCAAAGAACGAGUUUUUCAAGCACCAUCUUCAGCCAGAGAUUGUGCCUGCUCUGUUGGAACAGGGGGUGGUGCAGCCGAACAAGCACAGAAUCGUUGAAGGCAACACGCUACUGGAACGAGCGGAAAACGCACUCAAACUGCUCAGGAAUCAAGCUGUAUCGGGCGAGAGGCUCGUAUGGAGAAUCGCCGACGAGGAGGACUGA